AUGACAUCAUCCAAAUAACCAUUAGACUUUUUCUCAGCACUCCGCCGAGGCCUGUCGUAUGUUUUUGAACCGUGUCUCGACGCGUCUUGCCGCUCGUCGAGGGGGGAAACUCUUUUCUGGCCGACCCGCGCCAGCAACCUAAGGGACGACGAGUUGAUCGCGCGCGCAUAUCGUACUGAACCGCGUCACGCCCGAGCUGCAUCCACAGACGCACCUGGCUCCAGCAAUUGCCCGUCGGUCAUCGUGGCGCCCAUUCACCUCUUGCAGCGACGAGACUCUCCCCUCGUUGAUUGGCGGGAGGGACUCUGGGGGAUGGUUCACGCGACAUCCUACACACCUCUGGAGUCGCUACUAUUAUUUACCUGGAUCCGCAGCCAUGGCCCCGAGGCCUUUGAGCCUGCCGCGUUCCCGCGCGUCUCCCACGACCUCAUCAAUAACGACACCAUCAAGCAGGAUCCCACUUACGAUGCCUCACGCCUGACACCCGAGUCGCUCAAGGAGCUCUUCCUGCACCUGCUGCAGGAGGAGCUCAAGGACGAGGCCACACCGAACGAGCCUGCCCCUGCCGACGGCUCUUUGUCCCCGAACAGCAGGAAAAGGAAACGUACCGGGUCUGCGCCAAAGGUGACGUCCCUGGUCGAGGCUCGCCAACAUGUCCACAGGCUGCCCGAUGCCGAGGCGAAGCUCUACGCCAAGUACAAGCAAAAGGUCGCUCAAGAGCUUUGGCAAGAGCAGGAGAUG